UUUAGAACACGAAUCCACACAAACUCAUAAGCCCUAAACCUUCUAAACUUGCCACCCAAUAACUUCAAUAAGCCAUUUCUAUGGCUGCUCGGAUUGUGCUAACGUAUUUUCUUGUGCCUUUUCUACUCUCCUCAACCAUUGUGGGGUAUAAUUCCGAUGAGGUAAUGUCUUGGUGUAGCAAGACACCUAACCCACAACCAUGUGAGUAUUUUUUAAGCCAUGACCAUAGAAAUACCCCCAUUACACAUGAGUCCGAUUUUCUCAAAAUCUCUAUGCAACUAGCCUUAGACCGUGCCAUGCAAGGUAAAGUCAACACUUAUUCCCUAGGCUCGAAAUGUAGAAAUGGGCUUGAAAAGGCUGCAUGGGAAGAUUGCCUUGAGCUCUAUGAAGACAGCAUUCUUUGGCUCACCAAAACCACUAGCAGCAAGUGCACAGACUAUGAUGCACAAACAUGGCUCAGCACGGCUCUAACCAACCUAGAAACGUGCCGAACCGGGUUCACUGAAUUCGGGAUGACUGACUUUAUUUUGCCUUUGAUGAGUAAUAAUGUGUCCAAGUUAAUUAGCAACACUUUGGCUAUUAACAAGGUACCAUACAGUGAACCUAGUUACAAAGAAGGGUUUCCUUCCUGGGUCAGACCUGGUGACCGGAAACUCUUGCAAUCAUCUUCACCAGCUUCUCAGGCAAACAUUGUGGUGGCAACAGAUGGGUCAGGGAACGUCAAGACCAUCAAGGAGGCCAUAGAUGCGGCAUCCAAAAGGUCAGGGUCAGGGAGGUAUGUAAUAUAUGUGAAAGCAGGGACAUACAAUGAAAACGUUGAGGUGGGAAAAAAGGUGAAGAAUGUUAUGUUUGUUGGUGACGGUAUAGGGAAGACAAUUGUCACCGGUAGCAAAAGCGCUGGAGGAGGUACUACAACUUUCAAGUCAGCUACUUUUGCCGUGGUCGGAGAUAAUUUUAUUGCUCGGGACAUGACAUUUAGAAACACAGCUGGUGCCAAGAAUCACCAGGCAGUUGCCUUGCGUUCGGGCUCCGAUUUCUCAGUGUUCUACAAGUGCAGCUUUGAAGGAUACCAGGACACUCUCUAUGUCUAUUCUCAGAGACAAUUCUAUAGAGAAUGUGACAUCUAUGGUACCGUUGACUUCAUAUUUGGCAAUGCUGCAGUUGUUUUCCAGAACUGUAACAUCUAUGCUCGAAGCCCUCCAAACAAGAUAAUUACGAUUACUGCUCAAGGUAGAACUGACCCUAACCAAAACACAGGAAUCUCGAUUCACAACUGUAGGGUUACUGCUGCUUCCGAUCUAAAGCCGGUCCAAGGCUCCGUUAAGACAUACCUUGGUAGGCCGUGGAAACAGUACUCGAGGACUGUUUUUAUGAAAACCUUCCUUGAUAGCUUGAUUAACCCAGCUGGUUGGUCGCCAUGGAAUGGUAAUUUUGCUCUCGAUACUCUAUAUUAUGGAGAAUACAUGAAUACUGGCCCUGGAUCAUCUACUGCCAAUAGAGUUAAUUGGAAAGGCUACCGCGUCAUCACUAGUUCAACCGUAGCAUCACAAUUCACCGUGGGCAGCUUCAUUUCCGGGAAUAAUUGGUUGCCGGCCACCAACGUACCAUUCACCGCCGGCCUUUAAUUAUUCUUUCGAAUUAUUAUAUAUCUAUAUAGGGAUUGUUAUUUAGAUAUGUUGUUUCUUGGCGUACUAAUUUGAGUUUCUUCUGGUACAAAAGAAAAUAAAUUGCCAGUGUCUGGUUCAUAUUCAGCCUCUAGUUUUCAUUCUUUGUGGAGAUUUCAGUAAAGAAAUAAUUAUGAUUUUUCAUUCAUGUAAUCAUUGUAAAUCUGUAUUGCAGAGUUUUGGAUUUUA